GUUUGUCGUUGGGCAGUGUCCUCUACGCAUUAACAUGCAAGCAUCCGAUCAUUUAUUUUUCAUAUUUCUCGAGGAAAAAAUGUGUUAGCAACUUUUCUGAUCUUGAAUCAGAAAAGCUGCACUCUGCCAACAGCAGGUAAGUUUUACUUCUUCUAUGAUCGACUAAUCAAUUCACCUUAGGUGAGGGAUAAGGCGGGGGGGCUCCGCUCGAAGAAAGGGGGACCUUUUUACCUUUUUCAAAUUUCAGGUAUAUGAAACUAUAGGAAUACCACAAGUUGAAGUAUACGAAAAGUUAAGGAAAUCCAUUUUGCUAUGUGGAAAGGCCCAAAAGGGCUAACAGAUACAUUUUAUGGCGGGUAAUUCACAACCCUGACAACAUCACGGAAGAUGCUGCUCACAACCUCUGCAUCCCUUACUGUCUUUCUAUAAUUUCAUAAAGACAGUAUCAUUUUCGUUUCUCCCUUCAAUACAACAGGCAAAGCAUUCGUUCCUGUGUGGCGUAGCAUGUUGCAUUCUUUUCAGUUUGGUUGGCAACCUCGAGACAUGUCGAGACGAAGCGGCCAUUAAAGUAAACAUUUGAUAGCCUGUGCGAACACAUUUCGAUUCGAUGGAGGUUAUUUUGGUCAAACCGAAAUAUUGGGCAAAUAAAUUACCCAUUCAUAGCUGUCCGAUCAACCUUAGGUUUGAUUUAAAGUUUUAUCCUACAUUGCUAAUCGUGAUCUACGUCAAGAUCCGGCUUUUCGGGCUACGUUGCUGUUUAUACCCAAGCGGUCCUUCCAAGACUUCACAGUUGGCUCAUUGUUCUUGUUAACUCUCAUUCUACUAUUAAAACUAAAAGUUUGGUUAUUUCGCUGGCUUGCAGACCUGAAGAAUAAGGUAACCUACGAGCAUCUAUAGCCUCUUACUAACAUUUUUUUUUAUUCACAGCGCUUUGGUUGCAGUGAACUUAUUUUUUUAAAAUAUGCAAACAUUGUGGCUAACCACAACAUCAAUAUUGCUCGGCACCAGCUGUGAAAAAAUAUAUUAAUAUAAGUUAAGUAACUGAGGCUUCGUUGGCUUCCAAUAAAAGAUAUCAAACGCCGACUCAGUCGGUCGUUCAAAGAACGCGACGCAAAAUAUUGUUCAUGUUCGAACUAAUCGAAAAAGCCCUUUUCUUUUCAUUGGCGCCUUCCAGUGAACGGAUGUUUAUUCGUAGCAAAGCUUCAGUCCCGGGGGGGGGGAGGGUACCCCCAUACAUUACCUAUACGGGUAUGUGCCGCCCAACGGGGUCGUGAUUUUGAAGCUUCCAUUUCAGAGGCGUUUUCUAGAACGGGGUAUAAUAUUUCGAACGCACGAAAGCCCCAGCUUUGUAAGCAGCCAUUUGAAAUUAUUCAAGGACAGAUUGCUUUUAAAAAUACGGUUCAAUGCGUUAACAAGCAAACUGUUGUACUCUUUGCACCUUAGAACGGAGUAUAAAAAAUUGGCCCAUUUCUAGAACGGGGUAUCAGUUUUAGGGGAAAUUUUUUUUAGAACGGGGUGCCAAUUUGGAGUCCCGGGCGGCACAUACCCAUCCAAAAAAUACCCAAGUGCCCUCCCCCCUCCCCCCGGGGCUUCAGUAAACAGGUUUUAUCCCGCUCUCAAGACUGGGGGCUUUAAUUCCCCGACCUUUAGCUUUCAGUUUCGUUUUUACUUUGCCCACUUUGUUUUCGCCGGUAAACUUAGUGUUAAGCCCUUAGAUUGUGGCAUGCCGCCAAGAAUACCACAUUUAAUGGCUCCUCUGAGUGGGGCCGGACGGACUAUUUUUAAAACGUCUUAAUGUCAACAAAUGAAAGUGCAUUUGGCAAACUCUCCGCUCCAGGCAUUAAUUUCUGUCAGGGCAGGAUCGACUCAUUAACAUUUUUGAACAGUAAAAACAAUGGGUAAUGUUGUCUGCCAAGCAUGUUAACGCGGUGAUCCGAGUCCGAGUUCCGUGACAUGUUUUAAAUGUUGUUUUGUUUCGACGAAUAUUCCCUUUCCUUGUUAGAAUAUAUACUUUUUUGACCUACAGAAAUGAAACUAAAAAUUAUUAUUAAAUAACAUAACAAGUAGCAGUCAUAUUUCUAACAUCUGUUACCCUGUACAAGUGUUUUUGUCUUUUUUUUCCUCACGCGCCGGCGACUGAGUCCGGCGGUGAUUCACGUUUACGACUUGACCCAAACCGGAACUAGGAAAGGGAAAAAUUUGUCAGUGAGAAGUAAAUUAAAGUGGGAUAUGUGCUGAGGACAGCAAUACCCAGCAGUGCAAUGCACAUAGUUUAUUAUGUCAUGCCUGGGCAAGACCUGUUCUGGGCCAUUAAAAUCAGAUUUUGACAAGAGUUGAAAAUACGACGCGCAGCGGAUUAUUUUUGACGGAACUUGAAGGUGUUUCAUCUGGUGAUGAAACACUGUGUCGAAUGCUUGAUAUUACUUCUCAAACAAAAUGAUUUUAGAAGGAGAAAUCUAAAGGAUGCAAAAAUCCCGGAUUUCCAAACACUCAUUAAACAUUAAUUUCCUUAAUUUCGCCUACAGCAUUUCGUGAUCUAAUCACUUUUAGCAGGCGUCAGGAGUGGCGCGCCGUUUGGUUCAAAAUUAAUUUUUUCAUUGGUUAUAAAUUUUUAAUCUUUUUCUGUUUUGAAUCAUGGAUUUAAGCGCUUAAAAUUAGAAAGAAGGACUCCUUGAUCUUUCUAUCAUUGCUUUUUCGUCGUCAUUAUUAGAAACACCUUAGUAGUUUACUAUGAACUCCAAUAAAUCAGUUGUGCGGAUCGGAUUUACCGACCAGUCAUCGAUCAAUUGAAAUAUUAUUAUAUUGUGCUAAUUUUCUACCAGAUACACGUAAAAUCGAUCAGCUAGCAUAUCAUCAAUCGGUAAUCUGUCCUGUAAAAUCGAUCAUUUUUCCGUAAUCAAUGACAAGCUGUCUCAAAUUUUCAUCAUUUUUGCUGAUAAGCGAUCAGUUCAUUAUCAAUCAGUUGUCGGGUACUAUACAAUUGACACAUUGAUCAGCGUAAACCCGGCUUGUACAAUCUACCAGUUUUACGUAUUUUAUCCAGUUGUGCUUAAAAUGGAUGAGUCGAAUGAUCGAUCAGUUGUGCGUACCUUUCUUCAUUCAGUUGUGACUAAAAUCGAUCCGUUGUUAUAUGAUCGAUCAGUAGUGCGUAUUUUCAUUCAGUUGUGACUAAAAUCGAUCAGUUGUUACAUGAUCGAUCAGUAGUGCGUAUUUUCAUUCAGUUGUGACUAAAAUGGAUCUGUUGUUAUGUGAUCUAUCAGUAGUGCGUAUCAGUUCAUUUAGUUGUGACUAAAAUCGAUCAGUUGUUAUAUGAUCGAUCAGUAGUGCGUAUUUUCAUUCAGUUGUGACUAAAAUCGAUCAGUUGUUAUAUGAUCGAUCAGUUGUGCGUAUUUUCAUCCAGUUGUGACUAAAAUCGAUCAGUUCUUAUAUGAUCGAUCAGUAGUGCCUAUUUUCAUCCAGUUGUGACUAAAAUCGAUCACUUGUUAUAUGAACGAUCAGUUGUGCGUAUUUUCAUUCAGUUGUGACUAAAAUCGAUCAGUUGUUAUAUGAUCGAUCAGUAGUGCGUAUUUUCAUUCAGUUGUUUCAGGAGUCUGCUCUCCUGAAACACAACAACAAAGAGGAAAAAGAAAUAUUGCCUUUCGUGACACAGUACCAGCCCUCAGUGUCUACUUUAAAAGAAGUUUUAAUGAAAAACUGGAAUCUUAUACAAAACCAACCGUUACUUCGCCAAAUUUUCAAAGAACCACCUAUCAUUUCCUACAAGAAAGGAAAAUCCCUAAAGGACAUGCUCGUUAGAGCUAAAAUAUAAAAGGUGUUACACAAGGUUUCACGCCGGUAUAGAUGUGCGGCCCGUCACCCCUUGCAUUUUCUCAUGCCGGUCUUGCUUGUAAACUUAUAUUUAACUACACACAUUAUGUAGUGGCACAAAGAAGCCAGUCAAUUGAUUGGUAAAAAAACAACAUGCUAAUUAUGGUAUUGAAAAAUAUUGAGCUUUAAAGUACUCUCCUCCGAUAUUAAAACUACAAGUGACAUUUACAAAGCGAUUGAGUUUUAAGACGACAUUCAAAGGACACAGCAUCAUAAUGUAUUUAAAUCAUGCUUAGACGUGAUAAAUACCCAAAACCAGUGUCAGAUCUAGAUAUAUUUUUUUUUGAAUAUACGUGCUGUGUACAGCUAAACAUUGUUCUCUGGGAUCGCGUAAACCUAAACUUUACGGAGAUAUUAAAAGCAGUUACUCUCAGAUAACAGCAGUUAUGGAAAAAUUAUUAUAUUUUUGAGUAGACAUAUCUCAUACACGGGCUACAAAUUUAACAGGAAUACGCGCGAACUGAAUAAAUUGUCUGUUGAACAUUUAAAAGGUUCUGCUCCACUUACACAAUUUUCCCUUGCUGAACAUAAACUGUACCGAGCCGUAUCUUGGUCCGCCAUAUAGAAGCGAUAUCAUCGUUCAAAUUUUAAACUGUAAGAUCCCCUGAAAGAGGAGGUCUCCUCAAUGGAGCAAUAUGUAAAAGGUUUCAAAGGUUUCACGCCUGUGAAGAUGUGCGGCCUGUCACCUCUUGCAAGUUUUUACUUUGAUCGAUCAUAUAACAACUGAUCGAUUUUAGUCACAACUGAAUAAAAAUACGCACUUCUGAUCGAUCAUAUAACAACUGAUCGAUUUUAGUCACAACUGAAUGAAAAUACGCACUACUGAUCGAUCAUAUAUAACAACUGAUCGAUUUUAGUCACAACUGAAUGAAAAUACGCACAACUGAUCGAUCAUAUAACAACUGAUCGAUUUUCGUCACAACUGAAUGAAAAUACGCACUGCUGAUCGAUCAUAUAACAACUGAUCGAUCUGUAAGUCGCAACUGAAUGAAAAUAUGCACUACUGAUCGAUCAUAUAACAACUGAUCAAUUUUAGUCACAACUGAAUGCGAUCGAUCAUUCAACUGAUCCAUUUUUGGCUCAACUGAAUGAAAAUACGCACAAUGGUAGAUUAUACAAGCCCAGUUUACGCUGAUCUACAAUGAACUGAUCGAUUAUUAGCAAAACUGAUCAAAAUUUGAGACAGCUUCUCAUGGUUGAUUACGGAAAACUGAUCUGACCGAUUGAUGAUAUGCUGGCUGAUCGAUUUUACGUCUCUGGUAGAAAAUUAGCACAAUAUAACAAUAUUUUAAUUGAUCGAUAACUGGUCGGUAAAUCCGGUCCGCAAAACUGAUUAAAAAUUUAUAACCAAUGAAAAAAUUAAUUUUGAAACAAACGGCGCGCCAUACAGGAGUGCCGCACUUUCAGCCCUGAUAAGAGCUCGGGAAAAACACGAUUACUUAAUUCAUUAAUUCAAUUAUAUUUAUAACACACUUGAAAUCUUCUUCCAUUUUCAGGUCUGCUCAGUCCAACAUAAACGGUACUAGCAGAAUUAGGUAGGUAAUAUUUUUAUGAAGGACGUUACUAAGUUCACUUUUUUUUUGGAAAAGAACUGCUGAAAUUGACUCUGUCGCCUCUAAAUUAAUGAGCCUAUAUAUGCAUUUUGUCAGCAGUUUUAAAACCACUUUCAUGAUGACGGACAGUAGUUAGCUUCCUUUAAAUGUAAUAAGUGUAUUUUUUUACAAUGACGUUGUCAUACUGCAAAAGUGAAUCAUAUUUUGAUAUUUUGGUAAUCAUGUUUUGUUAUUUUGAUAAUCCGGAAAAGACCUAAUGUAGAACACUCGACAGUUGAGUUAAGAGAAGGUAAGUUGGACACUGUAAGGAUGUUUUAAGCUUUAUUCUUUCGUCAGACACAGGAAGGAGCUACUUCCAGAGAACAUCGUUUCUCGGUCCCAGACCUAGUCUCUUCCCCCUCGGCCUGGUCAGACAGAUCCCCGAAUGUAGUGAGUGCAGCGGUUGGGUUCCUUGUUUUUCGUUGUUUUCCCGCCUUUCGUGGUCACAUGAACUGGACUUUCGUUCUUCUUGUUUUAUGUUGGAGUUUUUGUCGUUCAGUCGAAUUAACGACCAAAAGUCAAAAUUGAACGACAGCAAUGUUAGCAACGACCGUAUUCUUGGAACAGUGUUCAUAAUUCGUGGCCUAUACCUUAUUUCCUCAAUUAACGCCCCUGGCGUAAAUUCAAACUUGGUUUUGUGAACCCGGCUUUUGUUUUUUUUCUUUCAAUCUGCAGUUUGUUUUGGCCUCCUUUUUCUGGAGAAAACCUUUUUUUGGUCAUUAUUUUUGACAACCGUGUAUUGUCUUUACACCAUAAGUUUAUCGUACUACAAAUGAAUGUCUCAGGGGUUUAUUCACAACAUUCUCUUUAAGAUCCGGCGUUUAUUCGGCGCCCGGCGUUUAAUCGAGAAAAUGCGUAGCUUGUGCCAGGCUCUCAGAUAGUAUAGAGGGUCUCAAUGGGGUGGUAGCUUUUACGGUUAACGGCUAAAAUUUUGGCUCUUUUACGGCUAUCGGUUAAUUUUUUUCAGUUACGGUUAACAACAAAGUUAAAAAUUAAUUUCUUUUGUUUCAAGGAGUUAAAUGUUAAUAAACGUGUAUUUUUUGUAUCUUUAAAGCAAAAUAAAGGGCUUAGGAUCAUCUCGGAAUGAAAUAAACCAUUCUUUUGAAAAAUUUUAACAUUUGACAGAUCAUACUUUUUAUAAAGUAUUCCACUUCUAAUAUUAUUUUACGCAUACAAAUGUCAAUAGUCAAUUUAAAAAUAAUCUUUGUGAAAAGGCAAAAGUAGACAGGCAAACGCCCAACUCAAGGCCAGGGCGCCACGUGCACGUGCAUUUAUGAGGGGUCUUAUAACAGAAAUGGCCGUUUUCACCCUAGAGGCGGAUUAUUCGGGUGAGACGGGUUAUCCGUUUGAUAAUCCGCGUCAGAUAGGUAAUACGUCUUAAUUUGAAAAUGGAAUCAAUUAUUUUAAUUUUGAAUGAGAACAAUCCGCCUGGCUUUCUCCGUCAGUUUUGAGGGACAAUUUACUUGAGGAUGGAUUAUCCAUUUCAGAUAGCCUGUGUACAGCUGCCCCCUCCCCUCAGAAGGAGGAAGGGAGAAGGAGUGUACAUGGGGGAGGGAGUGACUGUACACAGGCUUGUAUCAGAUGGAUAACCUUUUCUAGCUCUAGUGUGAAAACGGCCAAUGUAAAACAAUUCCCGGUCCAGUGCUUUUAAUGAUAGCGAAGGACUGUACAGAACGACUGUCUGCCGUUGCCUUGUCUGUAGGCCUCAUUAUUCCGCGCGGCUGAUGCGUUUCGGGUCACGUUGUCCGAGCGAGUUUUUUUCUCAGAUACGCCACCGAAAUGCCUUGACUGAGAUUGCGUGGGAAGACGCCGUAGCGUCAGAGAAAAACAGGGAAUUGUUAGAUGGAAUUGUUGUUUAAUCGGCGACGUGUUUUACAAACAGUGACCUCUCUGCGUGUUGCUAGUAUUUCGAGGGUACGACCUCCUGAAAAUCUAAAAUAUUAAUCCCCGGCAAGAAGCCAGAUUUCCGCUAUGGAAAAAAUUAGUUCCCCGAGAGAGCGGCGGUGGAAAUGGAGCCUAGGUCUAGGUCAACACCUAAAAGCUAGGCGCUUGGCCUAACGUGCGUACGCAAUCAAAGUAGCCAGGAAAUAAAAACGCAAUCAUAAGAGAGUUUAGCAUCUUCCUUAAAACUAACAAAUCUAGGGAAGAAUUUCUUUUACGGUUAACUCUUUCUUACCCUAUUUACGGCUAACGGUUAAAAUUUUUCAAUUUUUACGGCUAUCGACUAAAUUUUUGGCCGUUUUACGCCUAUCGGUUAACCCCAUUGAGACCCUCAGUAUAGUGGGGACGUAUUUAAAACGGGCAAAGCGAAAAUAAGACGCGCGCGACUUGGCGGAAACGGGGCGGUGGCGGUGGGAAAAAUGGGAGAGAAAAAUGAAUGAGAAAUGAGCCCCAGCGCGUUUUUCGCAUUUUUUUAUACUGAACGACCUCUCACCACUGUCUUGGAGACUGGAACAGGCUAGAAAAUACAGUACUAGAUUGGCACGAAUCACAUCUUGUAACCGUCUAUCGCAAGAACAAUGAUUUCAUUGUGCGUGUCAUUUUUGAUAUAUUAAUCUUUUCAAUUCAUAUUUAAAUUUUGUGUAGUUUUUCUUGGACUCUACGGUCACGUUUCACCUCACUUGUAUUAAGAAACCGCGAAUACUUUGGCCUAACUUUUCCAUAGUCUUUUACUUCCUGAAGGUGACCACAUGGCGCCGGUCUGAUCACUAUAUUUGCAACUCGCAGUUUUUAGAGGCCCUUCUACUGCCACAUUUGUACUCCUCAUGUUCGAUGGGUGCAUUUCUUAAACGUAGCGGGCGUUGUCUAAGAAAGCUUCGACUGUACCGACGAACAAAAGAAUUAAAGAUGAAAAUGCUGACUCUGAAAGGAACUAAAAAUUCAAAGAAACUACUUAAAUAUUCUUUUGACUAAAAUAACACGUGUCCGCUGCGAGCACAUACGGUGGAAGUACAAAUCACUUGUCAUGAAUAACCGUAACAGAAAACUAGUCUCCAGGCAAAUAACGUUCAGAAAAAAUGACAAGCAAAGCAAGAUAAUGUGCGAAAGAUAUAUGCAAAUAGAUACGAAAAGCUGAAACGAAAAUAAAUGCGAAUAGCUAGAAAAGAGUUUUUUAAAGUCAAAACUUAUGCAAUAAUUUAUAACAUAGGUAGAAUAUUCGGCGCCUAAUCAAAUUCAAUAGCGUAUGUCGAGAUAUUGAGCACGCAAGAAGUUUGGAGAGCAUUCAAGAAGCUAGAGUUGCUCUCGGCUGCCCCUAGAGCAACUCUUACACCUCUUUCGUUCUCUCCAAACUUCCCGCGGGCUCAAUAUCUCGACAUACGCACGAUGACGAAUGGACAAAUCGACACUCGCAUUCUUACUGGCCAAAUUUAAAUAGUAGCGGUUUCAUCACCAAAGCUGGAAAUUUUUGGGUCAGCUUACCGUGGGAAUAAAAACAAAGCAAACUCGGUGUGUGUAAUAUUUUGGUACAAAGCAAUGAAAAGGCGCUAUGGUUAACAAACCCAAACAGGAACUUCAGUGAGCUCGAGAACUAAGGUCAACUCUAACAUCGCAAAACACGACAGCGUAGGAAAAAAUAGCAUCUGACAAAGGCAAGCCAAGAAUAUUCCAGGAAUGAACUUAACUAACUUUGCGAAUUUGGCAUAAAUUCAAGUUCGAGUAAAAGCAAAAGAUCCAAACAGGAAGAUACCCAUGUCACGCAAAAAAUCCAGACUAACCUUGAUCCACUUAAUGAAAUAAAAACGAAUAUUAAAAGAUGAGACAAAUAUUGAAAAUAACUUUCAAAAUACUUUAUAACAAAAGAAAAAUGAAGCCCUGAAUAUAUCAGAGAAGGAGUCCCUUUUUUCUUGUAACUGAAUUCCUGGUCCUGAUUUAUUGGGGCCCUCGUAAGCACCUUCGUUUGGGUUUCCCUAUGAAAACACAUCCGUCGGCAUUUCAAAGCUCACAUAUAGAGACAUGCUGUCAUCACAAUCCAUCCGAUUCCAAUACCACAUUAAACUGAUUUUUAAUUGACAAUGAAAGGUGAUUUCCCCGAAAUGGGCGACAUUUAUAUUUUAAUCAUUUGCCGUAACGAGACGGUGACGGUAAGAUCUAUUAAAAAGGGAAGAUGCAACAUAAGAAGUUUCUAAAUUUUAUUCAUUGUUGUAUCUUUCCUUUUGGAACUAACAGUGCUUGCUUCCACUGCUACAUUAAUGCAUACCUUUAUUGGAAUCGACUUUUUCGGUUUGUCGGUUUUUCCACGAAUACCGUAAAAUUCCAUUAAUAAGACUCUAUAAGCCCUUCUAACUGUAAGGCUCGAAAAAGGCUUUGAAAAGUAAAAGUCCCGGGGCUAUUUUCGGAAUUUUACGGUAUAUGUGUUUCCGAAAUGAAACUGACUGAACAAGGGCGCAGUGUGAAUAGUGAUGUGAAGUGUAAAGUUCUGUUCUCCUUUACUGUCCGCUUUGGCGUAAACAGUAAAAAGCUCGGACACUUUAUUUGUAUCCGUUGAAAAUCGGUUGCCAUAAGAUACAAAACAGGCGUAGGGUAGGACUGCACAAUCAGGUCAGGACUUGAAAUGUUUAAUAGCUGGCUCUAAUGUCGCUUUGUUUUUUAUUGUUGUUUUUGUUGUUGUUGUGCUCUUAAAGGGAUCGUCAGUGUUCAUUUGGCUCCUUGGACAUCAUUAUAUUUUAUUUAUCCAUCUAUUUAUCUUAUUGGCUGAUUCAGCGGUUGAACAUAAAACAAGUCAUUCGAAAAACGUUAUCGAAGAGGGCGUAAACCUCGAACAGUUUCAACUUUGAUCUCACCGACUUUUAGCUCAGUUACAGUCAAGCAUAAAAAUUUAAUAUGACUUACAAAAGUUAUUCCUUUUUUUUUUUUUCUGUUGAUAUAAAUAUCGUUAUGGAUCGGUUUAUUGUGAGUUACGUUUUGAGUCGUGUUACUUUAAGUUUCCUCUUCAGUCCUUGGUUACGUUUUGCGUUCGGAAGGGACGUUCAAUUUGACAAUCUACAGAUUAAAACAAAGUGAAAGUUUACCUGCUGUUUCAUUCUUUGUCUUAAGCUGUUAGCAUUUGCGGAAGUAACCGUAAGGGUUUUUUUCGUUUAAGCAUACAUUUGUUAAUAGUACAUACUAGAUUAACGACACAUUACUUCUUCUUCCUUUUUCCUUGGAACAUUUUUAUCGCAUUCUGCUUUGUCGUCAUCCUCGUGGCGUGAUGUACGUGUGCCAUAUAUCGUUAAGUACAUGUAAAUGGAUCCGCGAUAAAGCACGAUCACCAGACCCGCCGAGGUUGAUUGACUCGUUUUACUUCCGCUUAAGUUCUAAUGACACUGACUAAUCAAAAUGUCCAUCUAAAAACUUCCCAUCUAACUUCCUUGUAUGUGUCUUCUUCCUUUCAAAGGCGUUCAUUAUGAUCAAGUGACCUACUACAGGUAAGCAAAAAAGUUUAAAGUGUUGUCGACCGUCUGCAAAUUAGUAAUUGAACAUAAAUUGCUUGGCGAGGUGCAUGUGUUUGCCAUGCAUCGUGGAGUACUCGUUAGGUAUACAUACAUUUAUUGCACGUCUCCACGGGCUUUGUAGUGAAGUAUUUAACAAAAUAGAAGGACAUGAAAUAAAGCAAAAGACAAGAAGUUCUAAAAGUCUAAAAAUUAAAAUACAGGAAGUUAGAAUAAAUAAGUGCCUAGUGAUUAAACUAUUAUUAUUGGGUUCUUAUGUUAGAGUCCUAAGAAGUCUUUUUCUCAUCAUAGUGUUAAACUGCGUUAACGAUUGAUUUAAUUGGAUAUUUUGCGGCAGAGCGUUCCAGAGAGAUACCGUCCUAUAAUAAAAAGUCCUUUGGCCAGUUGCAGGUUGAUAUAGAUGAGCGCUUAAUAAACUGAUUGGAUAGAUACUCUGGGACAAGGCACUUCAAUUAUAUCAACUAAACCAAGCUGUUUGACUCGUUUUACUUCCGCAUGCGCCAUAAACGCUGAGUGCUGAAAAUGACCAUCUAAAAUGCUGAAUGUCCUUCUUUGUAAGGUUUUCUUCCUUUCAAAGGCGUUUGAUCAACAUGGUAAAGUGACUUGCUAGGGUUAUAUUUAGCAUCGAAUCGGAUUUUUUUUUUCAGGUAAGCAAAAUUAUAGUUUGAAUACGAAUAAAUUCCAACUCGAUACAUCGGCGAAUGUACCAAACGUUUUCUAAAUAAUUGAAAAUAACUUGAAAGUCAUCAACAGUGUUGUCUGUGAUCAUGAAAUACGUUCUGUUGCAAAAAAUAGUGUUCGUACAACGUUUUUAACCGGGAUAACCUAAAUGUGAUUCAUGUUUAAAUUUACUACACAUUUAAGAUGGUGUUGCGCGCGGUCAGCGGUAACUCGCGUGACGGCGCAUGUUUUAAAUUAGACAAACAAACAUGGCGGCGAAAAAGGAAUGAUACACAGAAGACAAUUUCUCAAAAUCUAUUCAUUAAAAUUUUGUGAUAUUGCCAGAAUUCUUACUUUUAUCGUAUUUUGAAUAACGAGAACUUUAAAAUGGAAGUUGAACACAUGUGACACAUUUAAUAAUUACACUGCAAUUAUAUUUAUUCCCCUCCCUUGUUGAAUAUCUAAAAACCCGUCUGUUAAAAUUUGGUCAAAAAGGUUUCAAAUGGUAAUGAUUAAUUGUAGUAAGCUGUGUACAAGUUUAUAGGAAAAUCUAAUGAAAGAAAUUUUAUGUAAACUCAGCAAAAAUGAAAUUUUAAGGUUGUAUUCAAUUGUUCAUGUUGCCAUGGAAACUACGAAAACGUCAGAUUUUACCGUACCAAAAUUGAUCAUCAGUAUAUUUUUCACUUGCCAAGUUUCAGCCUUGUGAGCUGCACCCUUUGUCUUGCCAUGAUUUGGCAAAUGACAUAUACUCGCAAACUGCCAAAACUAUGUGUAGCCACCUUAAGUUACGAAAACAAAUCCAUUGUUCAAGGAGACUAACAGCAACCAAUUCACUCGCGGCCUCGUACAGCCAAAGUUACAAGGCGCCUGUAGAAUAGCCCACUUUUGGUAUUUUAAAAUUCAUUAUAAUACCAAGUCCUGCACACAGAUAAAGAAAAUAAUUUUAAAUAUCUUAAGGCGUUUUUCAUAAUUAGUCUUCCUAAGUACACACUGUUUCAUUCAUAUAUAAAGACCAUCAAAUAUCUUGUCACAUGAUAUAUUCGGGUAUUUUGCAGACUUCGAUUAUGAAUACCUUAGUCCUCAUUAUAGGUGACAAAUGCAAACUUCUAUCACUUUAAUUUAUUUUUUAUGUAGUUGUUUGCGAUAAUAGCUCAAAAACAAAACUAGAAAUAAGGAAGUGUUUCGUGUAUUCAUGUGCAAAAUAAAGAGAGGGGUUUUUCCCGUAAUUCAAUUGCAGGAAUUGGGUUACGUACUUCUGAGAAACUUCCAGCUGUUUCUAUCGCCGCCAGUCUGUUUACGAUCUUGGCUAUCUCACAGAUGGUAUAAAGUUUAUUACUAGUGGUGGUCAACAGUUUCUUUAACCAUUUUAUUUGGUUAUCAUUUGCAGAUUGUGUGCGCUUUAUACCUGCGGCAAUAUUGGGGCUUGAUGUUAUGGAAUCGUAUAAAGUGGCAAUAAAACGGCCAGAGGGUUUUUCCUUUCCAAGAAGACCGGAAAUCUUUAAGGGUGUUCUAAUUCGCCUUAGGUGCUUUAGCCGGAAACUAUUCAUACGUCCAACAAGAGUUUUAAACCCAUCACGUCGAUCCUUUCAGGGAAAAUUAGGUAGGUGAGCAGUAGUGCAUGUACGUAAAAUAACAAGAAACUAGAUUUCUAAAAUUAGUUACAAAUUAUAGUUUUUACCAUUUAUGUGUAUUUUUCCCGAUUAAUCUGUUGACGUCAGAUCCUUUCGUUUUUAUCUCAUGGAUAUAACGCGGUGGAAUCUCAACAAAAUUAGGCCAUUUCAUAGGUUUAGUUGGUUUAACCUGUUUGGCGGAGUUUUUUUUACUGUCGUUUGGUCCAUAUUAGGUCAACAGAUGUCUUCUUUUUUUCAUUGAUUAAUUAAAAAAUAAGAUACGUAUUUAUCGGUUGAUUCUGAUUCAAAAUUUAUAGAGGUCAUUAGUUAUUAGAGUCUUGGUAAUUAUUGCGCAUAUAAAAAAAAGGAAGAAAAGAAUAACUGCAUUGCAUGGCAAAGAUCCCGACGCAAAAUGACGUCCGAGCAAAGGGUGCAGAAAUUCCAUACUGCUAACGCGUCACUACCGAUACCUGGGUAGUGUAUCGGGUUUGUUGAAGCAAAUUUCAGCCGAUCAAAAGCAUACUCGGUUCUGGUUAGUGACAUGUCAUUAUGGAAUUUAUGCUCUCUUUGUUUCCCAGAAGCCAUUUUGCGGGGAAACUAGUGGUGGCACUGUCCGUUGCGAAACGCCGGGUGUUCUCUCAGGCUAAGAAUUAUUAUGAUAUGCAUUUUUCGUUUGUUCUAUCCAUGUUUGCAGUGCACCAAAAUGAUUCAACUUCUUUAGCUGAAGGAGCCACUCAUGAAAAAAGAAGAACGGUUAAUCAAACAUCACCGGAAACGUCUCCUACCAGUGAUGACGACAAAGAUGCCAGAAUGGAAGAGGUUUGCCUCAGGGAAGCAGGGAGCGAGAUUGAUCGCAUAUGUGCAGAAAUUUGGUUCACCAGAAAUAACACCGAAGAGGACAUCAAGAUGAUUAUAAUACAUCUUGAAAAAGCAAUGGACCUACUUCAAAGUGAUUAUAUCGCAAAGUCUCGAUCUGUAUUGCGAAAUGUUUUUGAAUUGGUGUCAAAUCGCGAUUCAAGGCACUUCAAGACGCCAUCCGACUUUGACUUGAAAGUAUUAGAGCGUGGAGAGGAUCUUUUCUGGACUUGGGGAGGACAAAAAGGCGUGAGUUGUUCAGUUAAACACGGUAUCAUCACUUUGGAUUCAGGUGAUCCCCAUUUUUAUCCACGGCUGGUUAACGUUCUAGGAGCAUUUGCCACUGAAACGUCAGAAUUCCAGAUUGCCGAAAAAUCAUUUAGCAUUUUGAUUGAUCUCCACGGGCAAUCAGAUUCAACAAGUCGCUUGCGUGGUAUAGGAGCUUCUUUUAAUAAUAGAGGCUGUAUUCUGAUGGUAAGAGGCGAAUUCAAUCGGGCGAGAAGCGAUUUUCAGAAUUCGCAAAGACAUCUUAACUUCAGCAAGAAUAAACAAUUUUGCGGUCCAUCUUUAGACUCCAUGAUGAUUGCAGUAGAAAGCAACAUCUGUCGUUUAGAUAUGUUGUGUAGGUAUUUUUCUAAGGCAUUGACUGGACAGGAACGACUUGUUCAAAAAUGCAAAACUAUGGAUAACGGGUCCCUUGAGACGAGGUUUAACGAACCGCCAUUUCAAACAACUUUUGUGGUUUUGCUAAAUCAAGCAAGUAUGUAUAAUGCUCUAGCGAUGUUCCCAAAAGCAGAGAAAGAGUUACGGUUUCUUAAAAAGCUUUGCGAAAACAAGAAUAGAGAGGAAUUCGACUCGUUAUUAAAUUUUGUUCAUCUGCGGCUUCACGAAGUGUUGCUUCUUCGUGCCAAACAAGAGAAAGCGGGUCAUCCUUUGGAAAUGUUGACGUCGGCUAGCGUGUAUGACCUACUGGAAUUCACGGGACUUCACUCACUUGAGGGACUUCACUUAAACGUCAGGAUCGAAUCAUUUGAGACGUUGGUUGACGUAUUGGUCCAAACUGGAAAAAUCAAAUUUGCCAGCGAAUUUUUAGAAAAAGGUUUCAAAAUUGUACAAAACGUGUUUGGUCCUGAUCACUUCAGUGUCGCUGCACUGUUAUACAAACAAGGGACGAUUUUGAAACUUAUUGGAGAGUUACCUAAAGCACUGAGGAAAUUUGAGGACGCAAAGGAGAUUUGGAGAAGUAUCUUCGGCGAAAAUCACCCACUUUUAAUGAGCUGUUACCUGUCACUCGGUGACAUAGCCCUUCGGUUAGACCGGCCAGAUGAGUCGCAUCUUUACUUUCAGCGAGCAAUAGAGAACGUACAAAUCAUUCACCAGGUCUCACUGCUAGAGCAGCUGUCCAAAAGAUACUUGGCACUGACCAGAAAAAUCACAGACAUCUCAUUGUGGGGAUCUGAACGACGAGAAAGACAGGAGGGAGUAGUUGAAGGUCUUGUUGCAGAGUAUGGGCUAGCAUUGGCUGUUCUGGUUAACCGACUAGGACUAAAAGACACCCAUGCCUCCCGAAAGAAAAAGGAGAAGGCAAAGCAACCUCAAGUUGGCAGACAUUCUGAGUCCACUUUGAUAAUUUCUCAGAAAUUCAUGCGUGACCUUUUACAAAGUGGUAAGAAGUUCCUUCAGCACGGAAUGACCAAAGAGGCCGUUGCCUUCUUUAAAGAAGCAGGCAGGUACGGUAUGACCAACAAUAUUGCUUGUCCUAAUGCAGCAUUGGUACACCUUUGCACUAUCAUUAGUCAGGCAAAAUUGACAAGUCAAAACAAACUGGAGAGUCCUGCUCUAAGAAGCUAUUUGGAAGACGUUAAGGCAGAAACUGAAAAUAGCCGCGAGGGAAAUUCAGAAGACGAAGAGAUGUUAACGUUUAACAACCAGAUGACUUUGAAGCUAUUGUUGAUAUUUUUUCUGCUACUGUCUAUUCAGCUACAAGCGCAUGAUGCUACUUUUGCUGCGUACGAUUUUUAUGUCAACCAAUUUCCAAAUGACGACCAAUGUUUUCUUACUCUCGAUGGCCAACUUCAGGUUUACGCGUCUAGAAAUUCAGUGACCUGCAACGGACAAACUGCAGUGCAAGACCUAUUUGUUUCGUCGGCGAUUUUUGAAAACAAAAGCGACUGGGUGGGCCACCUCUCUAAGAAGCCUUUGUUCAGAAGCUUAGCCUACAGAAGCAAUAAGCCAAGUUGUAAUUUGGUUGCGGCUCUCAGCUCACCUUUCCUUAUGGACAUGGAUGAUGUGAAGAAAUUGGAAGAUAAGGUAUUGCAUUCCUUCAAAGAGUUUGUUCAACUCAAAUGUCUUGGUUUUGAAACCAGUGCAACUCAGUCUGUUGUUGAUCUGACUUCAUUUUGCGAGCAGGAUAUCACGACAUGUGGUGGUCGUAUUGAGCUCCUGCCUCUCUGCCUGUUUGAACAAGUCAUCCAGAGCAAGCUAUCCAUCGGACGUAGAGCCAUUUCUGAGAUGACCCUUGCUUUGUGCGAAAGAAUAACAUGCAUGAACUUUACCGAUAAGCAGACAACUUUGGCUAUGUUCAGCAAGAUUUCUCUCUGGUUUCUUAAGAAUUGUGCCUGGGAGGACAAGUCGACCUUAAGGCCACAAGAUGGGUGUCUAGUCCUUACAUGCGUCCAUCCCGUCAGAGCUAGAGUGACCCUUUGGCAUGAGGAUAUAUCAAUCGUGCAGAAGGUUCAAGUCAUACGUAUUAACGACAGGACAACUCAGCUGGACGAAAUCAGACCAGAAUUCAACUUCCUCAAAGAUUUGUGCAGCAGUCCAAGUCCUUGCUGCAAAGCUAUUGAGCAAUUCGCUGAACCGCUUAUAAGCACACAUGGAGUGGGAUGCAAGGUCAGUGUGGUGCGAAGGCAAUGCGCCUUUUCGGAUGAGCCUCAACGAGAAGAAGAAGACAGUGAAGAAGAAGAAGAAGAAGAAGAAGAAGAAGAAGAAGAAGAAGAAAAAGAAGAAAAAGAAGAAGAAGAAGAAGAAGAAGAAGAAGACGUAAGUUACUUAAUUGGCUACCUGUUUUGUAAAAGAGAUAUGAGUGGAACAGCAUGGUAAAAUAUUUUGAAAUAUUAAUUAUCAGUUAGCGGUCACUGAUGAAAAGUUGUAAUUUCUGAUGAGGAAAAUAAUCACUGCAUAACAAGACGGCAUUGUUUCUGUCGACACCAUUUCAUUACGUGAUGGUAUCAAUAGUCUGAAUCGCGCAUAAAGGACUGCUAGAACUAAGUAUUUUAAUACUUGGUCAGGUCUGUCAGCCAGUCUACUUAGAGGGCAUAAUCAAUCUUCUAAUAACACUGGCGGUGGAGUUACACGCACACCUGCGUGCUUCCUUUAUUGAAUUUGAUUAUAUUUCCCCUUAUAAAUCAACAUCAUCAUCCUUCAGCUUCAGAUAAGACACCCCGAACUACGUUUUAACACACCACUCAGUCAGCCAUGGCAACAUGCAGGUCCUAAAACCCAGUUCCAGUUUCCUCGAUAUGGUGUCGAUUACGGUUAACUUUGUAGAUCUCUCCGAAAUGGCGGCUUAAUCUCCCAAGGUGUAAACGGUAGUUUUCUCUUCAGCUCGAUUGUUUUCCCCGUUCAAUGGAUCUUUUUUGCUCAAGCUUCUAUGUUACAAGUGGAAAAUAAUCUUUACUGUCUUUUCCUGAUAACAAGAGGUAGAUUGUGUACCAAGGCUAUCCUUUCAGUUAAGUUCCACAAUGUGGAAAUAAUACCCCAUACCUUUCAACUACUGCUUUUUUAUUUCUUAGGAGGAAGCUCUAAGAAAAAAUGUUCAAGUAAGUACCCUGAAGUUACUGAGAGAAAUCAGUAAGCUAUCCUGUGAAUUCUCAGAGAAACAGAUUCAACGCGAGGAUGGAAUUGUAACGGAACACGGGAAAUCAACUUUAAGUGACAUGGCCAGUCUCCCCGAUGAAGAGCCGAUGUCAUAUCCUGUAGGAGGUUUGAAGUGUAGUGGUGCUCCCGGGGGAACUAUGUCCAGUCAUUUUGAACAGGCGUCCUGCAGUUAUGAGCGUGAUACUGAGAGUAACGAUUCAUCCAGUUUGGGAUCUCAUCAUCCGGUGAACACAGAGAAAGGUCAACUAUCAUCAGUCAAGGAAAACGUUGUAGAAGUUCACUCAAUGGACGACGACGUCUUUUUAGGCAAGAAAUUGUUUGAGGAAGACAAGGAGUCAAGAAAAUCAUUUAGAUCAGAAAUUCAAGAGCGCUUAAGAAAAAAAGACGUGCGCCAGGAACGGAACUCUAAAAGCUACCAUCUGCCUGAACAGAUAGGGCCUAAAGACGAAUUAAGCUCUUUGGUGGAAACUUCAGGAAAUGAUGCCAGUCAGAUUGUCUUUGGCAAAAAUAGUUUCACGAAUUUUGGCGGAGAGGAAGAAAUGGGUGGGGGAAAAGUAUCAAACGGACAUAAAACUGCAGACAAUAUUUUCAAGGAAGAGACAAGUGAGGCAGAAAACAGAGGAAGGGGCAGCUCAAAACCUCUGAAUUACUCAUUAAGUCAGGAUGAAACAUGGGAAAAUCAUACAAGCAUCGAAAAAACGGCUGUGGUAAUUGCUCUGCCCAGCCCUGAGGAAGCGGAUGCUAUCGCCAAUGAGUCCUGCGAAAUUUCAACGUCAGAUUCUGAAAUGGUUUUCUAUGAUUGCCAACGUGAGAAAAGGUACGAAGUUCAAAUGGGCACAAGAGAAAUUAACCAAGAAGAGAACGGGAAAAGAAGAGGGGUAGAUGGAAACGGACUGUUACAAAAGAAUGAAAGCAUUGAAACAAACGAUAAAGACCCGUCUCAAAGGAAAUGCACCAUUGAUCUUAAUGCCACCGCAAACAUAACUUCUUCAAAAGAAGCUGCAGUAUUUCGUUCUUUGGAGGAAAACGUCGCAUAUUUCAAUGUUGAUCAAACCAGAUCAUUGGCAGUCACAGAGCUGUCAGUGAGGAGAGCCGAAAGUCAUAUUGAAAGUCAUUGUAAAAAAUCAAGUAAAAACGACGCCAAAUAUGGUGGGAAUGAAGAAGUUUCCAUCACAUCUAGGGAACAAAAUAGUGUCCUACUCCCCAUGGAAAGCUGUUUAGCCUCAGGUCGUCAUGCCUCAAACCCUUCCCUGCAAGCAAGCGAAGAUGUAAUCGACGGUUGCAACUCACCCAAUUCAAGCACACAAGACAGAGAGAAAGUGGAAACCAGUAGUUUUUCAUUUUCGUUCCUGAGGGAAAGUGCUUCAGAGGAUAAUAAUUCUAGUAGAACUUUUUUGGAAACAAAUGAAGAGGUAUUUAGUGGUGGUCCAGCCUUGUCAAAUGUAGACUACAUUAGCAAAAAUUGGAUGCAACACGAUUCCCAACCUACUUUUUAUGGGGGUGAUGUAGUAGCUGAUGGGUGUACACCAGAGGUCUCUUCGCAACGAUCUGAACAUGUUAGGGUCAAUCCUGCUUUAAAAGAUGUGGGCUCUUCCCAGCCAAAUGCCAAGGAGGAGGGAAUAGUUCUCGAAGGGCGCAGAGCAGACGGAGGCGUUGUUGGUUUAAAGAAUAUCGACGAGCGGAAACACAUCCACAAUUACUGUCCGAACAAUUUUGGAUAUCCUGAUGUAAUCGAUGGUCCUGUAGAGCAAAAGUCUUCAAAUAGCACAGAUAUCAGUCACUCGCACCUUAAUUUUGGUGGCGCGAGACCAAAGCCGAGUCUCUUUGUAGCAGGAAACGGCUAUUCUCCCAGCGCCGGUCGAGUCGAUUUAACAUAUGCUUAUCCACCCGUGGAAAUCGGCGCUGGUUUAGAUCCUGAAUUUGUGGAGCGCCAUGCUGUCAACAACAGCCUGCUAACAUCUAGAUUAUACAACACCAACGUCAAUGGGGCAACGUGGGACGAUCCUGGAGAAAGCAAUACUCAGGAGCAUUACUUUUCAGCUAGAACUUACGGCACUGUAAACAGUAUGCACAGGCUAGCAGCCUACGGGCCCCUAAAUAGCCACUUGUCAAAAAGCAGCUGUCGACGUUCAUCUAAAAGGAAUGUUUUCGCCGGUAGCAGUAGUGUCGAGGGCUCUGUCCUUUCAAGGACUAUAAGCCAUGUUCCUUUCCCAAAGCAGGACAAAAGCUGGCAUUUUCCAUCUCCACCAGUAAAUUCAGAACACUACGUCAGACGAGGUAAUCUCCUUGCUAGCGACCACAGUGAUAGCGCGAAACACUUCGAUCAAGAAACUUUGCUGCAAGUUUGUGAACCACUGUUUGACGACUCAUCAACACACAGUCCUUACCAAGAAAUGCGUUCACUAGCAGACAAAUACAUGAUUGAACAGGGUAGCCAAGGUGAAGCCCCCGAACAUUCAGAAAGUUGUACUGAAGAACACUCCGUUGGUGUAAGCGAAUUGAAGCCAGACUCAAAUCAAGAAUCUCUCCUAGAAUGUCUUCGAAUGGUCAUGUCAGCAACUGUUAAUCUCUUUGCUUCGAUCAAUGUCAGCGAAGAGCAAGUAAAACAAGACAAAAACAAAGACCAGCAAACAGAAAAAUUAAGUAUACAAGAAGAAGCAGUGGGUCGGAACUGUGAUCGUACCGGGACUGACGGCGAAGAAUAUUUAGCAGAACAAGCAGCCUCUCUCCCGAGGAAAGAGCGAACCACGGACACCGAGGUAGACGACCAUACCUCGCCAGUGCAAGAAAGCCCGCGUCCUGCAUGCGGUCAUUAUCAACGGCGAUGCCUUGUCCGUUUUCCAUGCUGCGGGCGUUUCUAUCCCUGUCACAGAUGUCACAAUGAGUCGGCCGCAUGCACUGAUGACCAAGCAAGGGCCAUAAACGCUACACAUAUCAGAUGUACCGUCUGUUACCACGAACAAGUGGUAAGAUCAUGAAAUAUCUAGUUUUCAGAUUAAGGUAACGUGACAGAUUCCGGAGAUUUAUUAAUUGUACUCGACUGUAAUCAAGUCAGAUCACAUAUAAACAGGAGUAAAGAAACGCGCGACAAUCCCUAGGUGUCCGUUUUAGCGAGAUCUCUCUCUUAUAGAGUCUUCAGGAGAGUUGACUCCACACUUAGCUUCAAUCAUUUACUUUUUGUACCUGUUCAUUGUUCAACUGUGUCGCUAGAUUCACCGCGUCGAGAAUGUCGUAGUUAAAAUAUUUGAUGUCUAUAGAACAUGAUUUGUUCACCUUUUUGUGAUGUUGUAAAUAUUGUCCCUUUCAAAACAUAGCCAGUGCAAGUUAUUAUUCUGACAAACGUUCUCAUAUUCAAAAACUUUAGAUCGAUGAAGGAAGUCAAAAGUGCCGUGGCUGUAACUUAAAACUGGCGGAUUAUUUCUGCGCAAUCUGUAAACAUUUUACCUCACUCGACAAGAAUCCAUUCCAUUGUGACAAGUGUGGUAUCUGUAGGUACGCGAAGGUGGUAUAUAGCAGUUGUGGAAAAAUAAUAACAUGAUCUCGUACAUGCUUUAAGAGCAGCGCAGAACAAAAGCGGUUUCCAAUAUCCAUACGGUAUUCCCCAUUAUUUGCUCUACAUCGGAAUUAUGGCGACAUCAAACGAGAAUCACCUUUAAAAUCUAGCCAAGAUGUUGAUUAAAAAAAACAAUUGAAUGAAAUGGAAAAAGCGAAACCUUUAAAGGGCAAAUCCAAAUAUUUUUUGACGUCAUUAAGUCGCUGUUGAUAACAGUCUGCUAGCAUUGACUUAUGCCUAAUGCUUUUACAGUGGUACACAUAUGAAGUGUAAAGAUUACAUCCUUUUAUCUGCUCCAAAUGUGACGUGGAAAGAACACGUAAUCGCCAAAGAAAGGGGCUUUGAAGGUAUUUUUGGGUUGAGGUCAUCCAUGCACUCGAAAAAAUAAGAGCAAUAUAAAAUCUCUACUGCUGCGUAGUAAGGGGGACGGACAAGUAGUAAUAGUUGGGAAUUUUUAAGUCCGCCUUCCAAAAACAACCCCAUUUUCAUUAUCUCUGUACUACCAGGCGACACCUUUGGAUUGAUAUCCCCACUUCCCUUGUACCUGAAACUUUGUCUUGGUAGAUUGAGGCAUUUCAACACGGUCCAGUUUGUGUUCACAAGAGAUAGGAAGUGCGACCCGGCGGUAGUUGGGAGAAUCCUUAUUCUAUCUUCAAACUAACCACUCAAUGCGCCCCUUCCGUGGUGGUACCAGAAUCUGCAACAGACGGGAUAAAAUUUGAAAAAAAAAAAGCAAACAAAAUCUCCUUUUUUAUUUGUUUAUGGUGCUUCUUCGUGCUGUUUAGUACAUUCGGCAACUUAUCUUUCAUUAUAAUAUCAGGUUUCUCAUUCAUUAAAACAAUUUAUUUUCUAACGGCACAGAAUCCAUCGUGACAAGUCUUUCCACUGUAACGUGUGCAACGUUUGCUUGGACAAAAGACUUCAAGGGAAACACAAAUGCCGACCAGACUCCGGCCAUGAUGAAUGCUGCAUUUGCCUGGAGGUAAAACAUAAAAUUUUAGUUACUUAACGUAAACCUGGGCAUUCCAAAUUGACUUUAUAGCUUUUGUUUUAAAAUUUGCUAGUUUCUCUUAGCAAUUUUCCCAACGUGGUCCUGUUUUGUCCAGUUAUUUAGGCAGAUUUCUCGAUCCACUGAUUGUCUCUGCUUGUACCAGGGCAAUGGUGUAGGAUAUGAUUUAAUAUGAGAAUGAAAGAAGGAAAAAAAGCAAAGAAAGAGAUGUUUGGCAAUGUUGAAGUUCACUGAAAACGCUUUAACACAAGAUGUGCAUGGCUAUUUGUGUCUUUAAUUAGGUGGAAAAAAAAUUGACAAGUUAAAGUGAGGGUUUUAACAAUUUAUUUCUUCCAUUACGAAUACGACAACAUUAGUUAGGUAUAAUUCGGAAAAAAUGCAAAACGCUCGGAUAGUUACCUCCUUAUAUACUCUCGGCACUAAGUACAAUUACACUUCUUAUUAAAUGUUAAUUAUGUUUACUCGUACAUAAACACUGAACAACUUUUGUUUCCUUUUAAUGACAGGAUGCUUUCAGUGGCUGUCAGAUUCUCCCUUGCUCCCAUAAAGUGCACAAGGACUGUGCUAUAGCUAUGAUUCAAAACGGAAUGUGAGUAAAAAUAAAACAUGGAAUUUUCAAUUCCAGCUUCAAUUUCGAGAUCUCAACGAAAACUACCAAUGAAUGAAACGUGUAAGAUUAGUAUUUGUAGACUCUCAGUAUAGUUUAUUUUGAGCGCGAAGCACAUUUUGGAAACAUUUACUAGUCUAAGAAUUCCAAGAAACAUACUUCCAUGAAAUAUCGAUCGAUCAGAAUGCAAUGAGUAGCACAGUGAAAAGAGUGAUUUUCAAAAUCUUACCCGCUCGUUCUGCUUGUUUUUUGCUCCGCCACCAAGACCUCGAUUCCAUAGUUUCUCCCGACGGACGUCUUUUGUUUUUUGUUAAUUCCCCAUUCUAGAAACUAUACGGGGAAUAGGUAAAAACAUUCGGCACACGCAACGAUUUCUGGGAUUGUUUGGGUGGACAAACGUUACUCAAUUACCAUUGGUUAAUGGCUGCCUUGCAUACCAUCGACCAAUCGUAACUAAGGCCUGUCCACCCAAACGACCCUAGAACUCUGAAUAUACCAAAAUCUUGUACUUACCCUCCCUAGAGAGUCUGAAGGCUCUUUUUCGUUCUUAUUGAUAUCUUUUGUUUGUUGCAGACGUACCUGCCCAAUAUGUCGCCAUCCGCUGUUCCAGCAGUCAGAAGGUUCAGAACAGUAAACAUGGGCCACCUGCCACCGGAACUGUUCUGGUUUGAAAAUCAAAUGGUUCGUUCCAUUCCGUUCGGAAAACGAGGACGACUACGAGAACGAGAUUUUCCCAAUAUUAAGUAGUACACGCGCGUGAAGUUAAGUGAUUUUUGCGGGCAAAUGUGAUAACCAUCGUCAUUCAAAUUUUAGAAGUUUAAACAUUUUGAAACCUGGAGAGGGACAAACCCUCAUAAAUAAAUAUAAUAACAAUAAUAAUUAAAAACGCGCUAUUAUUAUUCUUGCGAGAUGGGAAAAAAAAAACUUUAAAUUAAAUCUCGUACUCGUAGUUUCCUCGUCUUAGAAUCUAAAGCUCUUUAACAUGGACUGUUCUUGAUGACCACACACCUGUUAUCUCAACAAGAUUGAAAUUCAUUGCACCAGAUUUUCGCCAAGAGAAUGAGAACGCGAUCGUCUGAAGAAGAAAUUUAACAAAUUCAGAAAUUCUGAAGACUGGGAAGGGUACCAAUUAAUCAGAAGUAAAAUUGUCAGCGUGAGAAGAAAGACAUUACAGGGCUAUCUUAAACGUUUUUGGAGUACGAUCAAGCAAUAGGCUCUACUGGCGCAUUGUAUUGAAGGACAAUGGAAGUAUCAUAAGGGACCGAGGUGGCAGAGACUUUGAAGGACGUUUUCACACGUUUGAAAGGUUUGAACCCAGGAGUCAUUUUUCACAAGUCUGGGUCAUACUUAAUAAAAUAGUUAAGGUGCGAACGUCAACCCGGACCUUUGAUAUACUCCUAAACCUCUUUUGUCCGUAAGGAAAAAAAAACUCCUUCGAAGUAACAGAAGCUAUGAUGAAGAUCAAAAUAAACAAGACAACGGACUGUGAUCGUAAUUCACCAAGAGCCAUUAAAGGAAUGUGCCCUUUCAGCGAAUUUUUAAACCCUGGGACGUACGAGGG